AUGCCAAGUCGGAUCCCUCUCCGUGCACUCUGCUGCGUCCUUCUCCCCUGGGCAUUCACCACCUUUCACCAAGCCCUGGGGAACUCGGCCCCCCAUCCGGGUCCCCACUACCUUCUGCUCCCCAUCCACGAGGUCAUUCACUCUCGUCGUGGGGCCACGGCCACACUGCCCUGCGUCCUGGGCACCUCGCCUCCCAGCUACAAGGUACGCUGGAGCAAAGUGGAGCCCGGGGAGCUCCGAGAAACGAUAAUCCUCAUCACCAAUGGACUGCACGCCCGAGGCUACGGGCACCUGGGAGGGCGGGCCAGCAUGCGGAGAGGGCAUCGACUGGACGCCUCCCUGGUCAUCAAGAACGUGCGCCUGGAGGACGAGGGCCGGUACCGCUGCGAGCUCAUCAAUGGCAUCGAGGACGAGAGCGUGGCACUGACCCUGCGCCUGGAGGGUGUGGUGUUUCCGUACCAACCCAGCCGGGGCCGCUAUCAGUUCAAUUACUUCGAGGCGAAACAGGCGUGCGAGGAGCAGGACGGACGCCUGGCCACUUAUAGUCAACUGUACCAGGCGUGGACCGAGGGGCUGGACUGGUGCAACGCCGGCUGGCUGCUGGAGGGCUCGGUGCGCUACCCUGUGCUCAACGCGCGCGCCCCGUGUGGCGGUCAUGGGCGGCCAGGCAUCCGCAGCUACGGGCCCCGCGAUCGCAGCCGAGACCGCUACGACGCCUUCUGCUUCACUUCGGCGCUGGCAGGCCAGGUGUUCUUCGUGCCCGGGCGACUGACGCUCUCUGAAGCCCACGCGGCGUGCCGGCGGCGGGGAGCUGUAGUAGCCAAGGUCGGGCACCUCUACGCUGCCUGGAAGUUCUCGGGGCUGGAUCGGUGCGAUGGAGGCUGGCUGGCGGACGGCAGCGUUCGCUUUCCCAUCACCACGCCGCGGCCGCGCUGCGGGGGCCUCCCUGACCCCGGGGUGCGCAGCUUCGGUUUCCCCCGGCCCCAGCAGGCGGCCUACGGAACCUACUGCUACGCGGAGAAGUGA